UUUGAAGGAUGAUUAUAAAAAUUGGAAAUUUCUUAAGAUGAAGGCUACUAGUCUUGGGUAUGAUCUUGUGAGGAAAACUAUUGCUGUCCCUAAAGAAUGGUGGGAAGCGAGAGAAAAUGAAAACUCUAAAAUCAAGAAAUUUAGACUUUGUGGAAUAGAACCUCAGAUGGAAGAAAGGUACCAAGAGAUGUUUAGUGGAGCUAUUCCUAAACUUGAUUUUGCUUAUACACCUUCUGCAGGAACUCUUCCACCAAAAAGUGACUUGAAUGCAAUCGAGACUUUAAAUGAUGUGAGUGGGAAUUCAAGUGAGAAUGAUUCAAAAAAUGUUGAUAUUAUCAAGCGCAAACCUUCUAGUCAUCUUCAACACAACAAUGAUAAUAAAAACAAAAAGAGAAAGGUUGGUGAAACUUCCUUACAAAACAAUGCUAGGAAAAAAGAAGGUGUUGGACUGAGAUGUUAGGAAUGUUUUUGUAUACACUGGGAUGACGUGCUAGUAAUAGAGAUGUACAAGAGCAUUUUCAACAUUCAAGGGAGACCGUGAGUCGACAUUUCCAUUUAGUACUCGAAAAGGUUCUUUUGAUGGCUACUAAUAUAGUAACACCAGGUGA